AUGGCCUUACGUCGUUUCAUAGCUCGAAGGGGCCGCAUAAACAUUAUAUAUACUGAUUGUGGUACGAAUUUUCAAGGUUCAGCCAAUUUAUUAAAAGAGGUUGAUUGGGCAAAAGUCGAAGCAGCAACUAACAUAGUUCCACCAGCUAUCAAGUGGCGUUUUGUACCUCCACGUGCGCCCUGGUGGGGAGGAUGGUGGGAGCGCCUUAUAAAGGUAGUAAAGGAAAUGUUAAGAAGAAUCUUGGGAAAACAAUCCUUAACUUUGAUUGGAUUAUCAACAAUAAUUUGUGACUGCGAAGCAAUCAUUAACAGCCGACCAUUGACAUACGUAGCAACAGCUGAUGACUCUCUUAAACCACUUACUCCAAUGAUGUUUCUACAUCCCUUAGAUAAUAGUGAGAUGCCUGAUUUAGAUCUGAUUGAUGCAAAAAACAUAAAUAUUCGUUUACAAUAUCUAAACAAAUUACGUGCAGAUUUUCGACAACGUUUUAGAAACGAAUAUAUUGCUUUAAUUUGUAGUAAAGAUAGAUGUAAACAAAAUUUGCCGAAAUUAAACGAUAUUGUUCUUAUUGAAACUGACACUAGUCGGCUAUAUUGGCCAUUAGGUAUUAUAAAGGAGUUAAUUAUAGGUGCUGAUGGUAAUUGUAGAGUUGCAAAAGUACAAACCGCUACCGGUGAAUUGGUUAGAGCUGUACAAAGUCUUUACCCACUGGAAUUAACAACAGUUACAAACGAAUGGCACAGGGCCAGUCCAUCUACUAAUAGAAAUAAGACAGAGACUAACCCUAACAUUAAGGAUUAUAGUUCCCAGGCGACUUUGAAUUCGGACAUAAUAUCAUCUGAUUUACCUCGAACAUCUUCUAUUAGUACUAGACAUGGUAGAGUAAUUAAUGUUCCAAGAAGAUUCUUAGAUUAA